AUGAAGGCUGGAAAAAUUUGUUCUUUUAAUUUACUUUUAUUCCUUGUGUAUGCAGGUGUGUGUUGUUUUUGUUUUAAAUCACUUGAUUAUGAUAUGUAUGACUUUGCUCUUCUGGGGAACAGUGAUAUUUCUAAGUGCAUUCAGAAAGAUCGUCCAAAGAUAUACCUAAGUUUAAUUUUUAAAAAGGAAAUUACUAAUAAAAUAAUGAUUAUUUUUCCGAAUGACUUAAAAUGCAGAAAAAUAUUGAUGGUAGAAAAUAAAAUGAUCAACUCUAUUGCUACAGUAUGGAUUUUCCUGGGUAAAAUUUCAAAUUCACUUCGUCAAAAUAUGCUGCUACAACUGGUAAUGCAACUGUUCUCUUCCAUAAAUAUUUUGUACGGUUUAAUGUAUUUUCGAUAUAUUAGUGCUAUCACAAUAUACUUAAAGCCCUUUUCAACACUUCUUCCUUUCCCCAAACUCGCAUGGACAAAGGAGAAGAGAAACCCUCCCGUUGUGUUUCCUGCUGGUGGGCAAAUUCUCGAAUCCCAUCGAAAGAUAAACGCCAACGGUUCACCAUCGCCUCGUGAAGUAACGAAAUGA